AUGAAAGACUUUCAUCAAGCAAACCGUUUCACGACUCAAGAGGAUGAAGCUUACUGUCUUCUCUCGUUAGCAUACCUUUCACUUUUUCCUUUCUCUGGUCUAACUUCCGGAGGGUUUCCGUCUGCUGGUAAGGGUGAGUCGGACUAUCCGGUGGCCAUCAGUUCAGGUAAAGUAUUAUUAGAUGAUAUCGUUGGAAAAAUAUCACCGGCGGCUUGGACAACAUCUUCAGGAGCAGAAACUUUCGAUUUUCAGAACAAUGCAUUAUCUUAUAUUUUUCAGUAUGGAAUUCUAACAGGAAAAGUUGAUUGUGAUGAUAGUGAAAAAUCAUCAAUUAUUAAUUGUGAUGGUGAAUGUGAAGAUGUAAAUAACAGACACUGGAAUAUGAGUCAUCAGAGUAACAAUGUCAAUAUCUGGUGGAAUAUGUGA